AUGGCUCCUCUUCCCAUCAAGUUUACAGAGUUGGUCAAUUUGACCAAUGUCGGCAUUGCGACCCUAGAAUCGGAUCACUAUGUCUGCGUCCGCCAGAAGCUCGAUGACGAAGACAAGCCCCAGGUCAUCAUCGUGGAUCUGAAGAACAACAAUGAGGUUAUGCGUCGCCCCAUCAACGCCGACAGUGCGAUCAUGCACUGGACUAAGAACAUUAUCGCCCUCAAGGCCCAAGGCCGGACGAUCCAGAUCUUUGACCUGUCAGCGAAGCAGAAGCUCAAAUCGUCGGUGAUGAAUGAGGAUAUUGUGUACUGGAAAUGGCUGAGCGACAGGUCUCUCGGUCUGAUCACAGACACCGCAGUCUACCACUGGGAUAUCCAAGAUGGCACACAACAGAACCCGGUCAAGAUGUUCGACCGGCUUCCCAACCUUUCGGGUUGCCAAAUCAUCAACUACCGUGUGAACUCGGAGGAGAAAUGGAUGGUGGUCGUCGGUAUCAGCCAGCAGCAGGGCCGGGUUGUGGGAUCGAUGCAGCUCUAUUCCAAGGAACGUGGGAUCUCGCAGUUCAUUGAGGGCCACGCCGCUGCUUUCGCCUCCAUUAACGUCGAGGGAUCGCCUCUGCCACACCACCUCUUUACCUUCGCCGUUCGAACCCAGACGGGGGCCAAGCUCCAGAUUGCCGAGAUCGAUCACCAGGAGCCCAACCCGCGCUUCCAGAAGAAGGCCGUGGAGGUGUACUUCCCUCAGGAAGCCGUUAAUGAUUUCCCCGUCGCCAUGCAGGUGUCCAGCAAGUACGACGUUGUCUACCUUGUUACAAAAUAUGGAUUCAUUCACCUGUACGACCUGGAGACCGGCACCUGCAUCUUCAUGAACCGCAUCUCCAGCGAGACCAUCUUCACCACGGCCUCGGAUUCCGAGGGAGCUGGUCUGGUCGGUGUCAACCGCAAGGGCCAGGUCCUGUCCGUUAGCGUCGACGAGAGCACCAUCAUCCAGUACCUGAUGGACAACCCGGCCAUGUCGUCGAUUGCGGUGAAGCUUGCCUCGCGCGCUGGGCUCCCGGGGGCGGACCACUUGUACCAGCAGCAGUUUGACAACCUCAUCGCACAGGGCAACUUCUCCGAAGCCGCCAAGGUCGCGGCAAACUCCCCUCGCGGAUUCUUGCGCACGACGGAAACCAUCAACCGCUUCAAGAACGCUCCCCAGACCGGCCAGAUGUCCGUCAUUCUGCAGUACUUCGGUAUGCUCCUCGACAAGGGAUCGCUGAACCGAUAUGAGAGUGUGGAGCUCGUCCGACCUGUGUUGCAGCAGAACCGCAAGCACUUGCUCGAGAAGUGGAUGCAGGAGAACAAACUGGAGUCUUCCGAGGAGCUUGGAGAUAUUAUUCGCCCGUACGACGUGUCUCUUGCCCUCAGCGUUUACCUUCAGGCCAACAUCCCCCAAAAGGUGGUUGCUGGUUUCGCGGAGACGGGCCAGUUUGACAAGAUUCUGUCUUACUCCAAGCAAGUUGGCUACCAGCCCGACUACACCCAGCUGCUCCAGCACAUUGUCCGCGUGAACCCCGAGAAGGGUGCCGAGUUCGCUACUCAGCUUGCCAACGAGGAGACUGGCGCCUUGGUUGAUCUCGACCGCGUGGUGGACGUUUUCCUGUCCCAGAACAUGAUCCAGCAAGCCACUUCCUUCCUGCUGGAUGCCCUGAAGGACAACAAGCCCGAGCACGGCCAUCUGCAGACCCGCCUGCUGGAGAUGAACCUUGUCAACGCGCCCCAGGUUGCGGAUGCCAUCCUUGGCAAUGAGAUCUUCACCCACUACGACCGUCCUCGCAUUGCCACACUUUGCGAGAACGCGGGCCUGAUCCAGCGCGCUCUUGAGAACUCGGACGACUCUGCUUUCAUCAAGCGCAACAUUGUCAAGACCGACAAGCUCAGCCCCGAAUGGCUGAUGAACUACUUCGGCCGUCUCUCAGUCGAGCAGACGCUGGACUGCAUGGACACAAUGCUGGGUGCCAACAUCCGCCAGAACCUGCAGGCUGUGGUGCAGAUUGCCACCAAGUUCUCUGAUCUUCUCGGUGCCAACCGCUUGAUCGAUCUCUUCGAGAAGUACCGUACUGCCGAGGGUCUCUACUACUACCUUGGAAGCAUUGUCAACCUGAGCGAGGACCCUGAGGUGCACUUCAAGUACAUUGAGGCCGCUACCGCUAUGAACCAGCUCACUGAGGUCGAGCGGAUUUGCCGCGAGAGCAACUACUACAAUCCUGAGAAGGUGAAGAACUUCCUGAAGGAGGCUCGCCUGACCGAGCAGCUGCCUCUGAUCAUCGUCUGCGAUCGCUUCAACUUUAUCCAUGACCUUGUCCUGUAUCUGUACCAGAGCCAGCAGUACAAGUCCAUUGAGGUGUAUGUGCAGCGUGUUAACCCCUCGCGUGCUCCUGCUGUUGUUGGCGGCUUGCUCGACGUGGACUGCGAUGAGGGCAUCAUCAAGAACCUGCUCGCCAGCGUCGACCCGGCCGUCAUCCCGAUUGACGAGCUCGUCUCCGAGGUCGAGAGCCGAAACCGACUGAAGCUGCUUCUGCCUUUCUUGGAGGCCACUCUUGCCACGGGCAACCAGCAGCAGGCUGUCUACAACGCCCUCGCCAAGAUUUACAUCGACAGUAACAACAACCCGGAGAAGUUCCUGAAGGAGAACGAGAUGUACGACACCUUGACUGUCGGCAAGUACUGCGAGAAGCGUGAUCCCAACCUGGCGUACAUCUCGUACCGCAAGGGCCAGAAUGACUUGGAGCUCAUCAGCAUCACGAACGAGAACGCAAUGUACCGGGCCCAGGCCCGCUACCUCGUCGAGCGUGCCGAUCCCGAGAUUUGGAGCUUUGUUCUGAGUGAGAACAACACCCACCGCCGUUCGCUUGUCGACCAGGUUAUUGCCACUGCGGUCCCCGAAUCGACCGAACCCGACAAGGUGUCCAUUGCUGUCAAGUCGUUCCUCGAGGCCGACCUUCCUGGCGAGCUGAUUGAGCUGCUAGAGAAGAUCAUCCUGGAGCCCUCUCCGUUCAGCGACAACGCCAGCUUGCAGAACCUCAUGAUGUUGACCGCUGCCAAGGCGGACAAGAGCCGCCUGAUGGAUUACAUCCACCAGCUGAAUGAGUUCUCCGCUGACGAAAUUGCCGAGAUGUGUAUCAGCGUUGGUUUGUACGAGGAGGCCUUUGAGAUCUACAAGAAGGUUAACAACAACCUGGCGGCCGUCAAUGUGCUUGUGGAGAACGUCGUCAGCAUCGACCGCGCCCAGGAGUUUGCGGAGCGCAUUGAGUUGCCCGAGGUCUGGAGCAAGGUGGCCAAGGCCCAGCUGGAUGGUCUUCGCGUGUCUGACUCGAUUGAGUCGUACAUCAAGGCUGGUGACCCGUCGAACUACAACGAGGUGAUUGAGACGGCCACCCACGCCGGCAAGGAUGAGGAUCUCAUCAAGUUCCUCCGUAUGGCCCGCAAGACCCUGCGGGAGCCGGCCAUCGACACCUCUAUGGCUUUCUGCUUUGCUCGCCUGGAUCAGCUUCCCGAGCUUGAGGACUUCCUUCGCUCCACUAAUGUCGCCGAUAUCGAGGCGUCUGGUGACAAGGCCUACGAGGAGGGUUACCAUCAGGCCGCCAAGAUUUUCUUCACCAGCAUCUCGAAUUGGGCCAAGCUGGCGACCACCUUGGUGCACCUCGAGGACUACCAGGCUGCCGUGGAGUGUGCCCGCAAAGCCAACAGCGUCAAGGUGUGGAAACAGGUCAACGAGGCCUGCGUCAACAAGAAGGAAUUCCGCCUCGCGCAGAUUUGCGGUCUCAAUCUUAUCGUCCACGCCGAAGAGUUGCAGACCCUCGUGCGCCAGUACGAGCGCAACGGCUACUUCGAUGAGCUCAUCGCCGUGCUCGAGUCUGGUCUUGGCCUGGAGCGCGCUCACAUGGGCAUGUUCACCGAACUGGGCAUUGCCUUGUCCAAGUAUCACCCGGAGCGCGUGAUGGAGCAUCUGAAGCUAUUCUGGUCCCGCAUCAACAUCCCCAAGAUGAUCCGGGCCUGCGAGGAGGCAAACCUGUGGCCGGAGCUGGUGUUCCUGUACUGCCACUAUGAUGAGUGGGACAACGCCGCUCUGGCGAUGAUGGAGCGUGCGGCCGAUGCCUGGGAGCACCACUCGUUCAAGGACAUCAUUGUCAAGGUGGCCAACCUGGAGAUCUACUACCGCUCGCUGAAUUUCUAUCUGCAGGAGCAGCCUCUUCUCCUAACCGACCUGCUGCAGGUCUUGACCAGUCGCAUUGACGUUAACCGGGUUGUGCGCAUCUUCCAGAGCUCCGACAACAUCCCUCUGAUCAAGCCGUUCCUGCUCAACGUUCAGACCCAGAACAAGCGGGCCGUCAACGACGCCAUCAACGAGCUUUUGAUCGAGGAGGAAGACUACAAGACCUUGCGUGACUCCGUUGACAACUACGACAACUUCGACGCCGUGGAUCUCGCUCAGCGUCUGGAGAAGCACGAUCUCAUCUUCUUCCGCCAGAUCGCCGCCAAUAUCUACCGCAACAACAAGCGCUGGGAGAAGUCGAUUGCUCUCUCGAAGCAAGACAAGCUCUACAAGGAUGCCAUUGAGACCGCUGCCAUCUCUGGCAAGUCCGAGGUGGUCGAGGACCUCCUUCGCUACUUUGUGGACAUUGGCAGCCGCGAAUGCUACGUGGGUAUGCUGUAUGCUUGCUACGACCUCAUCCGUCCGGACGUGAUCAUGGAGAUUUCGUGGCGCAAGGGCCUGCACGACUUCACCAUGCCGUUCAUGAUCAACUUCCUCUGCGAGCAGACGCGCACGAUCGAGAUGCUGAAGAAGGACAACGAGGAGCGCAAGGCCCGCGAGACGACCCAGAAGACCGAGGAGGACAACACACCGAUCCUCGGCGGCUCGCGGUUGAUGCUGACCCAGGGCCCUGGCGGCGCCCCGGCCAGCCCGAUGCCAUACGGCCAGGCCAAUGGCGUGGCCCCGCAGGCGACCGGAUACCGCGCGUUCUAA